GGUCGACGGUCGCCUUCAAGGUUUCCCAGGGACGAGAAGAAAAAAAAAAAAAUGAGUGCUGUCAGGCGGAGAAACGAAUGGCCUGUAGAGUUUUGAGAAAGAGAGGAAUGAGCGAAAUUCACGCAGCUGGCCGCUAUUGGUCGCACCUGCUGUGAUGUCCAGUGGCGGAGCCAAAGGGAUUCCCGAAGCGGCCUCGAGAGAUGGUGGGGGCGAAUAACAUUAUUCCAGAUAGGGCACUUCUGGCUGAAAGGAUCCUUCCCAUUUUUUCAGCCUUUUUAUUUGUCUUCUAAUCGUCCUUCUAUAUUAAAAAAAAAAAAAAAAAAAAACCUGCAAUGCCAGACAUUCUAUUUAGUUCAUUCUUGCACUGACCUAGGCGCUAAAGUACGGGGAUUUGUUCUCUGAGAUAAUACUUGUAAUGAAUGAAACAGGUCACCUACGAAAAGUAGCAGCCGACCGAGAAAGGCCGCUAAAAGCACACACUUGCUGGACAUUGGCCGUGUUCUGGGUGCUGCGUUUUACGUGGAUUAUCUCGGAAAACGCUGAGGUGUAUGCGUCUGUUAGGAGAAUGUCUGUCUUUAAGUUGAGGACGCUGAGGCCUCGAAUCAUUUGUUCAAGGUCGCAGGAAGUAGCACGACCAAGAUGCUAGUACAUUUUCUCUGUACCUACUAGGAACUAACGGAUUUUGGUUGGAACUGUUGGUGUCAGCUAUGAUAAUUGCUAAGAAAUUUCUGCUUCUCUUAUUCAUGCCACAGAGGUGUAUUGUGUGCAAAUAUUUUGCACAUUUAAACAUUUCAGCUGGGUGGCAUAUUAUAAAUGCUUGGGUGGGGUUUUUUGUGAUUUCUAUGAUAUUUUAUCAUUUUUCUGCAAACUAUGACAUUGUUGAUAAAAAUAUGAAUUGAGGGUACCAAAAGAUAAAUCUUGAAAGAGUACGGAAAAUAAGUGAGGGACUAAAUUAAAAAAAAAAAAAGAAAAAGUUGGGAGAUAUUUUGCAAUUUUUCAUAAUCAUUUAGGUAUGUGCUAAUUUAUGUCUAGAAAUUGACACCCAGGACUGAGACUUAAAAGUCACUGAGUUUAUUUUUUUUAUUUUAGUGCCCAUGGAACUGAUCUAAAAGAGAUUAAAUGUCUUGUCCAAAAUGACAAAAGUCCUAAAAUUUGAGGUCAGGUAUUAAAAUGCCCUAACUUGGAGAUUAAGUGUACAAACAUUAGCCCUGUGAUAUUAACACCGUGAUGUUCCACAUCCAAAAUCCGAUCUGCUUUUCAUAACAGUGAAACCUGUGACAUUAUUUCCUUCAUUUCUCGGAGGCAUACUGGUUAGUGGCAAAAGGAACCUGCAGUGGGAGGAGUCUGUGUUUGAAACCAGACAAGGGCUAAAAUUGGGGUCUGCUGCAAUUCGUUAAUCUCUCGCUUCAGUCCCCUCAUCAGGAAAAUCCUGUCUUAAAAUUCUGUGCAGAAUGCUCAAAGCAGUAGAGAUCGUAACACGCUUGGCACAGACCAGGUGCCAACGACCUGGAAGCUGGUUUCCCACCAUGGGAGGCAAUCCAGAGAAAGGGAAACAGGGGAGGCUUUGGGGCUGCCCUGACUUGAAUUAGAACCUGGCUCCCGCAACACUAGGACUAACACUUCAUCCCUCCCGGCUGGGGCUUCCUCCCCUCUGAGAUGGGAUGUAUAAUGCCACCUCUCAGUGUCAUGAGGAUUGGAGCCAAUACGUAUGAAAGACUGCUUGUGCCUCUGCCUCACAGUUUGUUGUAUCCUAUAUCGACUGUCAUCAAAGAGAAGUACCAGAAUGGUAGAAGAGGGAAAAGGAUUUGGAUUUCAUAGUCCGAAAAUGCAGUUACAAGUCUUUACUGUGCUCUUGCUCCUGUGGUUUUCUGGACCAAUGGCCUAACCUGAAGCCUCAAGCUAUACACCCACAGAAAUAUUUUGUGGCAGGAGAGAUCCCUCCCAGAGAUUUCCACCACACCGCAUGGCAAGGAAGCCAUUCGCAGCACUGACUUUUAAGCGCCAAACCAAUAGACAGGAAACACCAGAGUGGACAAAGCACAUCUGAGUUCCUGAGGGACCACUGAUCCUCUUCUCACCUAGGAUGGCAGAAAUCUCCCAGCCCCAACAUCUGAGGAAAGUGGGAGGGCCUCAGAGAGCCCAGUAGGCAUGAUGAGCAUCAAGGCCUUCACCCUGGUGUCUGCCGUGCAGCGUGAGCUGCUGAUGGGCGACAAGGAGCACAUCCACAUCGCGUGUGUCGAGUGCUGCGGCAAGAACCUGUACGUGGGCACCAACGACUGCCUCAUUUACCACUUCCUGCUGGAGGAGAGGGCUCUGCCCGCCGGGCCGGCCACGUUCACCGCCACCAAGCAGCUGCACAGACACCUGGGCUUCAAGAAGCCCGUGAACGAGCUGCGGGCGGCCUCGGCCCUCAACAGGCUGCUGGUGCUGUGCGACAGCUGCAUCACCCUGGUGCACAUGCUGAGCCUGGAGCCCGUGCCCUCGGGAGCCCGCAUCAAGGGGGCCGUGAGCUUCGCCCUGAACGAGAACCCCGUGAGCGGGGACCCGUUCUGCGUGGAAGUGUGCAUCAUCUCCGUGAAACGCCGAACCAUCCAGGUGUUCCUGGUGUACGAGGACCGGGUUCAGAUCGUCAAGGAGGUGUCGACCCCAGAGCAGCCCCUUGCCGUGGCUGUGGACGGCCACUUCCUGUGCCUGGCUCUCACCACGCAGUACAUCAUCCUGAACUACAGCACGGGGGUCUCCCAGGACCUGUUUCCCUACUGCAGCGAGGAGAAGCGGCCCAUCGUCAAGAGGAUAGGGACACAGGAGUUCCUGCUGGCGGGCCCGGGCGGGCUGGGCAUGUUUGCCACUGUCGCUGGGAUAUCCCAGCGUGCGCCGGUGCACUGGUCCGAGAAUGUGAUCGGGGCGGCCGUCUGCUUUCCCUACGUCAUAGCGCUGGAUGACGAGUUCAUCACGGUUCACAGCAUGUUGGAUCAGCAGCAAAAGCAAACCCUGCCCUUCAAGGAAGGCCACAUCCUCCAGGACUUUGAAGGAAGAGUGAUUGUUGCCACAAGUAAAGGAGUGUACAUCUUGGUUCCAUUACCUCUGGAGAAACAAAUACAGGAUCUUCUCUCAAGCCGCAGAGUGGAGGAAGCUUUGGUGUUAGCCAAAGGAGCCCGGAGGAACAUUCCGAAGGAAAAAUUUCAGGUCAUGUACAGGAGGAUUCUGCAGCAGGCGGGGUUCAUACAGUUUGCACAACUUCAGUUCCUGGAAGCGAAAGAGCUCUUCAGAAGCGGCCAGCUUGACGUCCGGGAGCUGAUCUCUCUCUACCCCUUCCUGUUGCCCACCUCCUCUUCAUUCACCCGGUCUCACCCUCCUCUGCACGACUACGCAGACCUCAACCAGCUGACGCAAGGGGACCAGGAGAAGAUGGCCCAGUGCAAGCGCUUCCUCAUGAGCUACCUCAACGAAGUGCGCAGCACCGAGGUUGCCAACGGCUACAAGGAAGACAUCGACACGGCCUUGCUCAAGCUGUACGCAGAGGCUGACCAGGACAGCCUGCUGGACCUGCUGGUGACCGAGAACUUCUGUCUGCUGACCGACAGCGCUGCCUGGCUGCAGAAGCACAAGAAGUAUUUUGCACUUGGAUUGCUGUAUCACUAUAAUAACCAAGAUGCUGCCGCCGUUCAGCUGUGGGUGAGCAUCGUGAACGGGGACGUGCAGGACUCCACGCGCGCUGACCUGUACGAGUACAUCGUUGACUUCCUCACCUACUGCUUAGACCAACAGCUGGUGUGGGCCUACGCGGACUGGCUUCUACAGAAAAGCCAGGAGGUUGGAGUUCAAGUUUUCACCAAGAGACCUCUGGACGAACAGCAGGACAGUUUCAACCCAGACGAUAUUAUCAGCUGCCUUAAAAAGUACCCUAAAGCCCUGGUUAAAUACCUGGAACACCUCGUGAUGGACAGGAGGCUGCAGAAAGAAGAGUACCACACCCACCUAGCCCUCCUCUACCUGGACGAGGUGCUGCGGCAGAGGGCGUCCGCCAACGACAAGGGGGCCGCAGCCACGGAGGCACAGGCCAAGCUGCGGCAGCUGCUCCAGAAAUCCGACUCGUACCGAGUCCACUUUCUGAUAGAGAGGAUCCAAGGUGCCGGCCUACCCAUGGAGAGCGCCAUCCUGCACGGGAAGCUGGGCGAGCACGAGAAGGCCCUGCACAUCCUGGUGCACGAGCUGAGGGACUUCGGCGCGGCCGAGGACUACUGCCUGUGGCGCUCGGAGGGCUGCGAUGCCCCCUGCCGCCGGCGCCUCUUCCACACACUGCUCACCCUGUACCUGCACGCCGGGCCUUCUGCCAACGAGUUGGCCAUGGCCGCCGUGGACCUGCUCAACCGCCACGCCCUGGAGUUCGAUGCGGCCCAGGUGCUGCAGCAGCUGCCCGGCUCCUGGUCCGUGCAGCUGCUCUGCCCCUUCCUGACCGGGGCCAUGAGGGACAGUGUGCACGCCAGGAGGACCACACAAGUGGCCCUGGGCCUGGCCAAGUCAGAAAACUUGCUCUACACGUAUGAUAAGAUGAAGUUGAAAGGAAGCGCCAUUCGGCUCUCGGACAAAAAGCGCUGUCAGCUGUGCCAGAAUCCUUUCGGCGAGCCCGUGUUUGUCAGAUACCCAAACGGCGGGCUCGUGCACGCCCACUGCGCUGCCAGCAGACACAAGAGCCCCGGCUCCCCCAGCCCCGGCUCGCGGACUUGAGCGGCUCGGGCCCCCCAGACACCAGGGGGGCUCCGAGGUCCUUCUCGAGCCUGCCGGACGCGAAGGGUGGACAGCAGCCGCGCUGUGCUUCGGCCAGGACAGCGGGAAGACUUCCGUGUGCCCAGGAAACGUCAGUCCACGCGAGACAUGCACACUGCCGACCGCCGCCUGAAUGCACAUGGAAAACUCCCGAAGAUACACAGACGGGCCACAGGUUACCUGUCCGGCUACAUGGUGACCCAGAGCAAAGGUCAAAAAAGGGAGUCUUCCUCGUGCAAUCCAGACACAAGCGGGGGACCCCGACGUCUGCACUGGACACGCACUGCACCUGCACCUGCGUGGGUGUGGAGAAGCAGCCCUUUCGCGCCAGGCUGCAGAGCCCUUGGGUGGGCCACCAUGUUUUCCCGCCACCUAGGCUCUCUUCCUUUGCCCUGAGAAGCGGCUGACCCUAGGGAAAUGGGUUUGGGUCCUUCUUACUCCCUGUCUGGCUCCCAGCCCACCCCCAACCAUCCCUUCCCAAAUUCUGCCUUGCUGACCCCAGCACUGAUUUUGGGGGUAAAUUCCCAUGCUUCCGCCUCCCUACCAGGUAAUAAUCCAUUCAGUAACCCAUAAAGCUCCAAGAGAGAAGCCGUGUCCCCUAUCCUGCGGAAGACGGCACAAACCCAGAGCUGGUAGCCAUCACCAUUGCAGUGCAGGUGCAGGGGCCCCUGGGUCGUGCGCCUGUGCUGAGGCCUCGCCCACCGAUGGGGAGAUCCGCGGUGGGCACGUGGGCGAGUGUUUUUAUUGGACUCCUGUGUUUCUCUUGUUUAGAAACCUACCAGUCCUAUUCGUUCGGAUCAAGUUUUCUUGUUAACUCAUACCUCCUCCUGAGCACCCGGCAAACAACAAGGGAAGCAGGGUGGACUAAUCCGAGCCUUCUCCUUUUUAACCUCCUGCUGUGCACCUGCUGGAGGCCCCGCCCCUCCUGGCAGGUGCUUCAGCCUCCCCUCCACGUACUUUGCGCGCCCUGCUCUGAGGCUUCCUGAAGACACCCGCAACAGGUGCAGCUUCAUUUUGUGUUUCUGUGCAGCAUCCAGGGCAGGCUGAAGCUGUCGCUCCUUCCCUGCCCGUUUGCGAAUCUCUUCGUCGUGCUUGUAGAUUCGAUUAGAGACUAUCCUUAAGGAUAGACACAGCACCCCUCCACCACCACCUUAGUGCUUGGAAAACUGCGCGUGAUGAGGGGACCCGGAAAUGCACCCUCUCUCCAAGUCAGCCCGAGCCUUAGAGAGCUUAUCUUCCAUUCUUUUAAAGCAUAUCUCUUGUGCUAAUCAUGGUCAUUGUAUUUUUUUCCUUUUCUGGUUCCAAGUGGGCCAAGAUGCAAAAACAUCCCUGCAUUAUUUGGAAAGAAUCAGCACCCUCCUCCCCCCCGCCCCCAUAUUUCAGGCAUCUAAAGAACAAGUGAUGUAGAAAUUCUCCUUGUAGCUCAACUCUAUACUGUAUAAAUUGGUCUGAGCUCAAAGUUGGGUCAUGAGUUCGACCCCCCCUGUGGCUAACUGUUAGGGAAUGGUCAUCUGAUUGCGUAGAGCAUCAUUACAACUGUUGAGUUUGAUUUUAUGUUUUCCUAAGAACCAGUUGCCAGGACAUGCAACAUUGCACUUUGGAAAGCACAGUUUUGGUGUGCACAAGAUGGGUAAAACCUUGAAAAGGGCUCGCGUCCCCUCCUCCUUCGCUUAAGGACACUGCAUUCUUCCAUCAGCGUUGACCCGUGUUUCGCGAUGUGUUUGUCACCCUGCAGGAUAACAGGAAGUAAAGGUGAGCUGUUUCCAGCUCCUGAAUCCGUUAACACAAGCAGAAUCCUAGGAAAAUGUGCAGAGUAGUAUGUUCAAAACCAUGCCUCUCUCCAACCUUCUGUCACUGUAUAAGGCCCUUUUUCUUGAAUAUAUUUAAGAGAAAAUACAGGGUUCUUUCUAAUAGGCCUGCUGUUUUGUGACUGUGCCGUUGAAUAGAGCAAUUAGAACUGUCACUCAGACUCCUCCCCCCACCCCGUUAGGUUCAGCGUAAUCAUUCUAGUGUGAAAACAGCAUGAACGGAACUCGGUUUACGUCAAUAUUUCAUGGGCAAUCCUCUUAGUUUUAUGAAGUGUUUAUCUGCUGUUGCUGAUCAUGUAUUCACACAGCAGCGUGAGCUUGGCGGCGUGCUCACUUCGGGAGUGCAGGAAGGGGCUGAGGGCCACACUUCUACCUGGAUGGCCAUUGCACAACAAGGGUGGCCCUUGUGCCCCGCCUGCUGUCCCACAGAGAACUGUGUCCUUGCAACAUCUUUUCCUUCGCCCCUGAUUGGGUCCCAGAUACACAAGAUGUACAAAUGUAAACUUGUUGAUUUUAUUAAAAUUCUUC